UUGGUAAUAAUUUUAUACAAAAUAAGCAAUAUUGGAGUCGUCUAGUCCUUCACGAAUUUCAAACGUACAGCCCAGAUUCCUUGUAGCGGGUUCAUGGGCACUAAUUCCCAUUGAUUUCCAGUCCAAUCUCCCUCGGCUGCAAAAUCUUGCUCUUCUCCCCUUGACUGUUGUGGUGUCCGGGCCAGCUUGCACACACCUGAACUAAUUCCACGGGAUAUCUGCUACCUCCCACCAGCAACAGGUACAAGCUGAAGCCUUAGGUAAAUCAUGGUGAACGCCAUCAAAGGAUUGUACAUAUCAUGUGAUGUACCCAUGGCGCAGUUCAUUAUAAAUAUGAAUGCUGCAUUGCCCCAAUCACAAAAGUUUAUAAUACAGGUCUUGGACAAUACACAUCUCUUUGUACGAUCUGAUGUUGCUGGAAUGAUUCGUAGUGCUAUUGCAGAAUUUAGAGAGGCAAAUACCUAUGAGAAGCCAGCUUAGGCUGUUUGAUAAAGUCAAGCCUUUCUGGAAUAAACCUUGGACCAUGCAAGUGUCCAAGAUUUUUUUUUAAAAACAAAACCCCAAAUAGUCAUCUCUGUGACAUCUACGAAGUAAUUGAUGGACGAUAUUUGCAGUUCCAGCUUUCAUUGGUUCUGCUUCUGAUUUUGUCUAAGGUGCGAGUUAAAUUAAAUUCUGUGUCUGAACAUUUUUUGUACUGUUUUCUGAACAUGUUACUAUAUAUUUCUCACAUGUUCCCCCGUGAUAAGAUCUUUGUAUUGAAGAGAUACUUGGAUUUUCUGUUGUGUUCUAUCAGUUGUAAAGCAAAAUGGACCAAGGUGUAGUGUUCUAUCAGUAUAUUUUCCCUUUUUUCAA